CGGACGGCGAUCAGCGAGGCACGUGGGGAUCACCUGGUCGCUUCGCUCGCCGGCCACGUUGUCUGUCCGGUCGGCAAUUAUCGCGUUUGCUGCGGCGGUUCACCGGGGAGAUAACGACUCGUUGAAGUGUAAGCGGUUAGAGCGAUUUUUUAACGAAACAACGUGAGAAGAAGCCGGCUUCUCUGCAAUCUCAGUGAAGGAUCUCUUUCGGGGGGAUCGCCGGUGCGCGUGGCCGCCAAUUCAAGGCGAAUCGAAACUGCCGCGGAUCAGACGGUUGAUUAUGCGCCAGUGCGUGCGUGGUUUCGUGCGAAAGCCGAUUAUUAUUAACGCCGCGUAACGUAGACGGUGUUCAAUUAUUCACGGAGCAAUCGGAAGCGCAUUCGCGCGCGUCCUUGCAACGACGAUCGACGUACGCAAAUUCGUUCCCCUCGUCGUGGCCGAGGAAAACGUCACCGUCGAAAAGGCCGGUUCGCGGAGGAGGAGGAGGAGUGUAAUAAUGGAGAACGCGCCGAAUAAUCGGGAAUGGUAAAACGCAAAGAGGAUCGUUGUUCGUUUUCCUUGAUGAAAGCAUCGCCCCCUUCGGCGAUGAAGUAGCGGGAAGUUUGAGGUCGGUGAACCGCGCAUCGUGAACGUGCGUUCUCGAUCUCGUCGUCUCGGCUGGUAUCAUCUUGAUCACACACCGAAUGUGUUGCCGGUAACACCUUAAUUCGAGUUUUCGAAAGUUGACGUCUCCGUUCCACAGCGACACGGCGGGUCACGAUCCUCGGGUUCCGAAAUAAUUAUGCAAAUGAAGACGGAGCUCAAGGUCGCUCCGUUGAAAAUCGAUAUCCCUCGGAGGUAUCUCGCGAUAAAGCGGUCACGUGGAAUAGAAUGAUCGGGAGAAAGUGUCGCUUCAUUCAAACUCGAUCGAGGGACCCCCCCAGGUUACUCCCCGGUAACGUCAUCUCUUCGUGACUGUCGCGUUUCGGGCAGUCCCGGCCGGAAUUCCCGAAUGACCUAACGCCAACGAUCGACGUCGAUCGGGCAAAUAAUGACGCCCACGUUACGCGGAAGCGUCUGCGACUUAUCGGCGCAGUGUAAGCAAGACUCCAGGCCGCGGCUAUUGUCCAGGAUGCGUCUCGCUUGCGUCUGCGUCCUCCUCGCGCACUUCUCGGCGCCGAUUGCGCACGCGAGUGACGUAGCGACGGCGCCCAUCAUAUACGCAAUUCCGCUGCAAAACGAGACUUCCCUCGUGCCGGAAGAAUACAAGGAGCUGCCGCUGGUAGCGAAAUGCUGUUCCGUGAACGAGAUUCUUGUGAGGAGCGCGGACAUGGGCUCCUUGUGCGUGCCUUUGAACGACACGUCGACGUUGCGCUUCUCGCCCUCCUUCAGCUACUCCAACCGGACGGGCAUGGUGUUGCCCGGAAAGGAGUGCGAGAGAUUCGUCGCUAUUGUGGGGAUUCCCUGCCAAUAUAAAAAGUACUUACUAGAACCGGAGAUGGACGCUAAUGAUGAAUAUUAUUUGUUGUUGAACGGCUCCCUCUUCGCGCCGCAUCAUGCACCAGUCAUGCUCGUGCCCGGUGAGGAUUACUGCAUGGAAAUCGUGUUCGAUAUAAUGGACGAACUAGGCACACUGGGAAGCCUGGGUCUUAAACCGUUUGUUUGUUUUGCUGAAGCCGAUGUUGCCUCGACUGCGGACACGCGGAUCAUUAUUUAUGCCUGUGGGCUCCUGAUCUCGGUUCCCUUCUUGAUCCUCACCAUCGUGGCGUACGCGAUAACGCCGAGAUUGCGAGAUGUCCACGGGAAGGCUCUUUGCCACUAUUGUGGCUGCUUGGCGCUUGCCUUCACUACUUUGGCCAUUACGCAACUCGCGAGCGCCGAAAUGCUGCCCGAAGUGUGCGUUAGUAUAGCGUUCAUCAUCCAGUUCUCAUUCGUCGCCUGCUUCUUUUGGCUGAACGUGAUAUGCAUCGAGACGUGGCUGAUGGUGCGCUACCACGUGAAUCAACGCUCGUACAGGCGCACCCCAUCCAAGUUGCUGUUCUUCUACUACUCUAUAUGGGCCUGGGGCCCGCCGGCGGUCCUCAUUCUCGUCUCGAUGGCGAUGGACCUCAACCCGACGAUACCUGCGACCUACGUGAAGCCCGCAUUCGGCAGGGACAGCUGUUGGUUCAAAUCCGACGAGGAAGCGAUGCCGUACUUCUAUGUACCGGUCGGCCUCCUGCUGUUCGCCAACAUGAUCCUCUUCGUGGUGACAGCCGUCAACAUCAACAGGUAUCAGCAGGAGCUGGCGCUGCGACGUUUGGCGAGGAACGAGAGUUGCGACCGGCUUGAGCAGAAGCUCUUCCGCAGGCUCAAGAGGACCUUCCUCGUCUGCCUGGUGCUCUUCUUCUUGAUGGGCCUUAACUGGACGAUGGAGCUGAUCUCCUGGUGGAUCGGCGCCGACCAACUGGACUGGUCGGCUUUCGAUCUGGUGAACGCCCUCCAAGGUGUGCUCAUCUUCGGCCUCUUCGUACUGAGAAGGCCGAUCAGGGACUUCGUCUGGCAUCGGAUACAGAAGCUGCGUGGGAUCCACACCACCGAGCCGGAAGUUGGCAGCAUGGAGUUGGCGCUGCUGCCUGUGAUGCCUGUGAACGGCGACUCCGGGCUGCCCGGACAGACUAUCAUUCAGUGAUAACGUAAAUCAAUUAAAGUUGAGUCGAGCCUGCUCGCGCGUUUUCGACGUCGAGGCCAAGUUCGGCGGGAGGUCGUCAAUCAGCCUGACGAGCUCGAGACGAGCCGACAAUCGGACCCAGUGGAAGGUGGAGGAGAGCGAGCCGAAGGCGUGCGCAGCACCAUGAGACGGAGGUUUAUUUUAACUCGUCGUUACCCGGAUUGAAACGCCUCGAUCGACGAGCGACGCUGAGAUAUAUCGGCGCGAAUCGCCGCACGACGCACGUCGCCGAACUCGCCGAGAACGGCUGCACCUGGGCUUUCCGGUUAGCGCGGAAUUAGCCCGGCGAAGUCCGGUGAUGCUUUCUCGCGCGCGGCCGGAGGUGACUUUUAUUUAUACAUUCGAAGUCGAGCGCGUAACGCUCGGAAGUGUAAUAGAGCUCUAGUCCUUUUUCUUCUUCUCUCCCAACGUGCGAUAUCCGCGAACGGAGAGGCGGCGAGCGUUCUAGCAUGUAUUUCCUCGAACGUGAAGUGCGGUCCGCGUCUGCACAGCGAGAAUUUCAGCGCGCGUUUCGCGGUUAAGCCGCCCGACGCGUUCGAUGAAAAUAGAAUAUUCUCGCUCGCCAAUUACGUAAUACGUGAUUCGUCUUCUUUCCCGGCACGGUGCACGGACAGUAUGUGCCAUGUCGCGAGUCAUACAUGCACUAAUUGUGGAAUUGUGAGAAACGAUAAUAGAGGGAACGACCUUGCCGGAGUGGUUCUCGAGAAUUAAGCAUGCAAUAUUAUCGCGUCUCGCCUAGAUACGACUCGGCUACACAAAUUAGAGCCGAGUCCGGGCGUGCGAAAUAGCCGGUAAUAAUUAAUAUACAUUGUUACAAUGCCGUAGUGUUACGAGGAGAUGUGUACGCGAUGUUGACCUUCUCUCGAGUCGAUGUUCGUGCCGAUAGCCCUGCAAGCAAGAAAUCGUUAACACAACGAUUAUUACGAUGGCGUGUUAUAACAUGUAACGUUUCCAAAUGUACCUUUUAAUAUCGUACAACGUCAUUGUUAACAAUAUUUGACCCAAACAUUAAAAGUAACAUAUAUUUACACACAUUGUGACUUUAAUAUUU